AUGAGCAUUCGCAUUCAAUUUGAAAUUUUGAAUUCAAGAAGCUGUCUCUGCGCUUGCCCACUCCCACUCCCAGCUUGCUGUUCGACUGAUCCAAUCCAACUCUUUUCCAGCUUUAGCACUCAAUAUCCCUUCCAAAAACCCUCUCCAUCUAUACUCUCUAACUCAAUGACCUCAUCUCUCUCUCACUCAAUUGACGACAAAGACCUUGACGACGCUGCAUUGUGGGCUGUGAUUGACUCCGCUGAGGCCUCUCAUUCUUCCUCCAAGUCCCGCAAGCCACUUGCUCUCAAAUACCCCAAUUUCCAGUCCCCGCCCACCCCAAUCUCCAACUUCUCUCCUCCUCAAAACCCUAGAUGCCAAUUUAGAAAUAAUUCACCCAUUUCUGAUCCUUAUCGCAGGCCUCACAAGAUUGCCAGAUCUUGCGCUUCCGAGGUCAGCGAAUGCACUGGCCCGCUGGAAAUAGUCAGGACGCCUAUUGCCAAUACGGUGCUGUAUUCAUCUCCCGAGGCUUACUUAUCACCGCAAAUAAGGAUGUUUAGACCAAAUGAGCUCAAUGAUGGGUCUGAAGUUUCUCCUGGUAGCUAUGUGCGUAGUGAGGAGAAGGAUGUUAUGAGGCAUUGCUUGAGUGGGAGGUUUCCUUCCGUUUCGCUCUUUAAGGAUUAUCAGAAUGCGGCUAUGGCGAUAUUGGAGAAAUCUGAUUACACUAUGAUUUCUGGGAACCCUUUCAUUAAAAAGUCAGGUUGGAGAAAGAUAUCAUGUUACUUCAAUCUUUCUUAUGAAAUCAAAGACAAGACCAUUGAAUUCGAUGAUAACCGAAAUGUUCUGCGGGCUGAGUUUGUUGUUCGCGCAUAUAUGCAGGGUGGCAGGUUCUCUGAUGGAUGGGGCUCAUGUGAGCGGCGUGAGAAGAGAUUCUUAAAACCAAAUCAUGAUAUCCCUAGCACAGCUGAAACCAGGGCAAAAAACAAAGCCUGCCAGGACCUACUUGGAAUUGGAGAAUAUCGACCUGGUGUGAGCCAAUUUCAUCAAAAAUAGUCACACAUUGUACAACUAGGAAAUGCUAUUCCACGAAAUUUAUCAAGGACUGUAUACUCUGUGACAUUUGAUCUGAUUUACAUCAUUCCUCCUUGCAAUAUUUGAAGCUGUGCACAUAAUUUUUUCCCCUUUGUCGUGAAUAUUGUGCAAUCUGUCAACAGAGCUUGUGGACCAGAUAAAGGAAAGGCGCUCUUUUCCUUUCAA